AUGUUGAAUGCGAAUGUACCUAUUCAUGCUGAUCGUUUUUUAGAUGCAUGCCGUCUUGUUUUCGAACCAUCACAACGAACAACGAAAGAAGACAUCAUUGUGAACGCUGUGUGUCUAGUGGCUCUUGCAGCGAAGGUUCUUGAGCAACCAACCGUGAGUAAUCGAGAUCGUCACUCGAUCAUUCAAUGGAUCAAAGACUUGUGUCGAGAGCAACGUCGAACAGAAAAUGGACGAACACUGUUGCAUUUGAGCGUUGAUGUUGAAACAUACUGGAAAAUUAAUUAUAGGCCGACAGAUAUCAGACAUAUUCUCAUUUUUCCUAAUUUGGCUGCUACUCGAUUGCUUGUUUGCUAUGGGAAGCGAUGGAUCGAUUUAGAUGCUGUAGAUCAAGUGCAAAGUGACACUGCUUUACAUAAGCUUUCACAGAGUUGGAUAUUUGAUAGUAAUAAAGAUAAAAAGACAAUUGUCGAACUGUUGAUCAAUGCAGGAGCUCAUAUCGAUUGUGUCAAUGCCAAUGGCCAUAGACCCAUCGAUGUAGCUACCGACAAUGAAAUUCACAUCCUAUUACAAUCGAAACAGAUAUUACCUCGACUCAAAUGUCUUUGCGCGCGUGUCAUUACUGACCAAAAAAUAGUCUACGAUGAUCUUUGGCCAGCAUCAACACCAAUGAACACGUUUCUACAUUUGCAUGGUGGCCUAAAAAGAAAACGCUCCAUGUCAGAUUGUAAUAUCACUUCAUCCGAUGUAUAUGAUGACAUUUUUUAUUAAUGUACGUAGUUAAAUAGAAUCAUAUCUGAAUUCAUGGAGUCAUCAAAUAUAUAGUAAUCAAGAUUUCUAUUCGACUUGUCAUCUAUUUUAUAGCGCAAAUACAGACUCAUCAGAAGAUUUUGCUUAUUUAUUCCAGGAAAAAACUUCUUUUAAUUACGUAAUUUUCCAUCAAUAUCGGCAAAUCGUGUAAAGAAAAAUAACAGCACGUGAUUUUCAAUCAUCAAUAUAUUGUCAUUGUCUGAGUACUGAUCUUGACAAUAUAAUGUAUUGAAUGCAGUGAAGCAAUAGUGAUCGAUUUGUGAAAGAUAAUCGUCAGUUCAGUGUAGAUAUGGGAUAUCCGGCAAGUUCAGAUAUUUCUUAGAUAUCAAUAGUAACAAAAUAAUUAAGCCAUAGAAUCAAAGUUUUGAUGCACAGAUAAUUUUAAUACACAUGAAAAUGCAUUCUUUCUUUGUCAAGUUCAACAAGUGUGACAAUGGACAGUGAUGAUAUUCACGUAAGCACCGAUUCUUAGGAGAGAUCUUGUAAUAUGAGUGCUUUCUUCAGCUUCAAAUUGCAAUA